AUGGCAAUCGUGACGUCAAUACAUCAGCCAAACUCACUCCUGCUGUCAAUGUUUGAUGAGUUGUAUGUCCUCUCAAAAGGAGGUCACUGUGUCUUCACGGGUUCCCCAAACCUCCUCAGAGGACAUCUCCUCAGAUGUGGCAUCACAUGUGCUGAAGAUAUUUGCAGCGAAAAUGGUGACACAGAAUAUGACAUCAAUAGACUUAUCGAUGCCGUCAAGAAUCAGACGAUGAGUACUAGGGAUGAGUUUCGGCAAAACGGGAAAUUGCUCAGAUACGAUUGGAUCGUAUACUCAGGACUCGGCAUCUUUACCCUGUUUAUAGCAUUUUGUUUGAGUUAUUUGUAUGGCUUUCAUGUGGGAGAAGCGGACGGGUGUCUUGACUUAUAUCUCACAAAUACCUCCAUAUUUAAGACCACAUCACUGGAGGAGGCGUUGAAAAUAAUGAGCGAAGAGUCGGAUGUCAUUCAAAACGUGAAACUAUUAUUCUUUACGGUCACGUGUCUCGGGUUUGUAUCCAUGGCCUGCACUAUACUGGUGUUCCCAUCGGAAGUCCGUAUAUUUCUCAGCGAACACCACAACCGGUGGUAUUCAACGAGUUCUUACUAUUGGAGCAAAUUAUUUGUCGAAAUCCCUGUCUGUGUAGUCAUAUCAGUAGUUUAUUCAACGAUUAUGUACUUCUGUACGGGACAGUUACCCCAAACAUUUCGCUACUCAUACUUCACUAUUGUUACGGUGUGCGUCGGGAUCAUAUUUGCACAAAAUUAUCAAUUGGCCACUACUAUAGGCGUCGCCUUUUUUCUCGUACUCUUUCUUUUGGGCGGAUUUGCUGUCCGACUGUCCACUCAGGAUGUGGUCAUUCGUGGACUC